CGCUGUCAGUUAGCAAAGCCACCUGAGAUUGUGUGUCCUCCUUGCAUUUAUAUCUCGACAGCCGCGGACAGCCCGGCUCAAAGUGAUAUUUCAAGGCGAGAGACUCAAGAGCACAAUAGGUUUCUUGUGGGUGCUAUUAGAAUACACACUGCACUCUGGUGGCCGGAUUUCCCUGCCCCCCUGAAGGAUUCUUCGACUGUGUGAGAAAUAGAGAGAGAGAGAGAGGGGUGAAAGAGGAACAAAGACACGAAGUGAACGACAACGGCGAAGCACGUUGUAUGCCUCAGGCAUAAAUCUGUUGCAAACAAAGCAAACCACAGUGGCAGGCCAACUUCCCCGGAGCAGAACCAGGCAGAAAGUCUUCACCACGGCUCUGCCCUUCUCUUUCUCGAGUUUCGACCGGAACUCGAUCUUUUGUAGGUUCAUGGAGACCGACGUGUGCGCUGCGUCGACCGCCUCUGGUCCGCCCAAGGCCGAUCAUCUCUGUGUCCUGGUCCACGGCCUCUGGGGGAACCCAUCGCAUCUCGAUUAUGUUGCCUCUGCGCUCAGAGAGAGACACAAUGAAGACCGGCUUGUCGUUCUAGCCGUAAAACGGAAUGCCGGGACCUUCACAUAUGACGGAAUCGAGCUUGGCGGUGAACGAGUUGCCCAUGAGAUCGAGGAAACGCUAGAGAAACUGGCAUCUGAAGGGUACAAGAUCAAAAAGCUCAGUGUUGUCGGUUAUUCGCUUGGAGGCCUUGUUGCUCGGUAUGCAUUGGGGUUGCUCGGCGCACGAGGGUGGCUAGACAAGCUGGAACCGGUCAACUUCACGACGUUUGUGUCUCCUCAUGUAGGCGUACGAACCCCUCUCAAGGGCAUCCAGAAUCACAUCUGGAACGUGGUGGGAGCUCGCACGGUUUCCAUGUCUGGGAGGCAGUUAUUUAUGAUCGACACCUUCCGAGACACGGGGAAGCCGUUGCUGAGUGUCCUGGCAGACCCCGAGAGCAUCUUUAUGCAGGCGCUAUCCAAAUUCAAGAACCGGUGUGCAUACGGAAACAUUGUCAACGAUCUCUCGACUGUGUUCUACACGACUGGGAUCACCAAAUUCGAUCCGUUCCGUGGAGACUUGGACGAUAUCAAAUUCAACUAUGUCAAGGGCUACGAGCCGGUCAUCAUCAACCCGGAUCAAUACAUCCUACCUGUGGACGAAACAGAAGAUGAGCCCGGCUUUUUUGCCCAGACCUGCCAAAAAUUCACGAAGAUUCUGGGCCAACUGCCCUUUUGGACUUUCAUUACCCUCUUUGUGCCGGUUGCAGCUAGUCUCUUUCUGCUCAACUCAGUUAUACAGAAUUUCCUCAGCCGCCAACGCAUCCGUCUCCACGAAACAGGCAAGGCGGGCGCUAUCUUUGGAGGCUACAGGGUCCCUCUUCUUGUCCAGAACGUCCAGCAAGCGGUGGAAGACGUCUUUGAGAACGUCAACUCCCGCCAAGACCCGGCAUAUCUCUCCGAUACAAACAAGAAACCUGGCGGGCGACGAGCAUCGCUUCGACGUGUGUCGAUGGGAAAGCCCAUGCCUAAUGGAGGAGAGGAAAAGGGCACAGCCGUUGCGAGCACAGAAGAGGCAGCCGAUGAGAUGGGAACGAGCACGACGCAGGAAUUUCCCACCCUUGCUCUGACAUCAGCUCAGCUCGCGAUCGUCGAUUCCCUGAACGCGCUUGGCUUCCGCAAAUACCCCGUCUACAUCCACAACAACCGACAUAGCCACGCGGCGAUCAUUGUUCGGAUGCCCAAGAAGGGAUUUGAGGAGGGGAAGAUUGUGGUCAAGCACUGGCUCGACCGCGAGUUUGAGGUCUAAUUGCCUCUUGCUUCUUGACACAUCUCUUCCCCCCUCUUCUUUCUCACCCGGACCGCAGUACUCCGUUAGAAGAAAAAAAACCCCUCAAAAAGCAAAAUCGGCAAUAAACGGAACUAGGUACCUACCUAGUAGGUACCU